AUGGUCUCCGUCUCUGCGAUUGUUAUCCUUGCUGGUGGUCUCAUCACCAGCGCCCAGGCAAAGCUCAACGGCUGGUCCGACGACUUUGCACUCGGCCAGUACCAGACCUACAACGGACGAUACCAUGCUUGGGACAUCGAGUGGAAGGUGUGCGACGGUUGGGGCAACUUCUGCGACCAGUCCAACUGUCAAAGUCUCGACAGUCACAAGAUUGACCCAGAUGGUGUGCAGUCAUUCAACAACAACAACUGGAAGUAUGUCAACCUCCGCAAGAGCGAGUCGGCCUGGGUGGACAUCUGGCGCGCCAAUGGAGACACCUUCGACAUGUGGGAGCAGAGUGCGGCCCGUCCGCAGCAAGGACAGUGCCAGCUGCACCACGGCAAGGCGGUGGACUGUGGAGACGGCCACAAGUAUUGGCCCAUGAUGCACUGCUGGCAGUGCCUCAGGGAUAUCCACCACACAACGAUGGUUUCGGUAUCGACCUUGACUCUUCUCGCCAGUGCAUUCACCGCCCAAGCUAAGCUUUCUGGCUGGCCCGACGAUUUCGGCUUGGUGAAGUUCGAGACCUACAUCCAGAACCUCGGCUGGUGGAGCACAACCUGGAAGAUGUGCGAAGGUUGGGGUGACUGGUGCAAUGAGUCACGGUGCCACGACCUGGAGAACAUCGACGUCGACCCUAGAGGCAUCGAGGGGAUCCUCACUAGUAACUGGAAGUGGGUGAAUGCUCGCAAGAGCAAUGCUGCCUGGAUGGACCUCUGGCGCGGCAAUGGUGACACGUUCAGCAUGUUUGAGCAGAACGGGAACGGCCAGCAGCAGGGCCAAUGCCAACUGCACAACCCUGACCCGCCCUUGGGCUACGAGAAGUUCUGCAGAGACGGCUACCGUUACACUCCUAUAAUGCACUGUUGGCAGUGGUAA